AUGGAAACCAACCCACCACCUGGACAACAAGAACAAUCCACUAAGCGGCGUCGCUAUCGAGUACCCAGAUCUUGCGAUCGAUGUCGGACUAGUAAAAUCAAAUGUGUCUUCGAAGACGGCCGAUGUGCUGCCUGCGUCAACCUUGGAGUACCUUGCACCUUCGCGAACCCCGGUAGCCUAAAGGAGAGGCCACCCACCAGAAAGGAUGUCGAACAUCUUCAGGCCAGAAUUCGGUCACUCGAAAGACUCAUUUAUGCUAUCGAUCCGUCCUGCGAUCUCUCAAACUUACCGGACCCACCUCAGUCUCAUCCUUCAAACUCAAGACAUGGCCGAAAGAGACCAUCAACUUCCCCACUAACCCUUCCCGAAGACAUCCAUCUGUUGCCCAACUCCACCUCGACAACUCCAGUGCAAGUAACUCCAUCGGUUAGUGCACUCAGUUCGCUAUUCAACCCGACCCGGUUCCAGCUCCAUAACCCGACGGCAAGCCUACUGCCAUCACUAUCAAAACUCGAAGAUCUCUCGCCCGUCGAUAAGAUCAUCCGUCAUGAACAACAAAAAGUGUCUUAUGGUAACCCAGACUUCUACCCGCCCCCGGACCUGCAACAGAGCUUGCUAGAAAUUUACUUCCAACAGGUCCAUCCGCUCAUCCGUGCCGUCCAUCCUCCCUCGUUCAUCAAAGACUUCAAGGCCGGCCGGGUUGAUACUGACGAUGGAUUCAGAGCCUUCUGUCUUAGCAUCUUCGCCCUUGCCAGUCGGUUCUCAAAAGACCCCAGGGUGUACCUCGAUAUCGAGGGGAACCCGCACGGUUAUUUACAAACGGCUGGACUGCGCUAUUGCCUGUCCGCCGCUUCCUACCUUUUCCGACCUAUCCCCUCCCCCGCUACGCUGUGUGAACUUCAGGCUUUGGCUCUCGUAGUCAUUUACUCUCUCGGUGCUGUCAAUACGGAUCUCGUCUGGUGUGUACUUGGUGUUGCUCUACAAAGGGCUCAGGUAGCCGGGAUUCAUGUAGAAAAUAAUAGUCGUUGGACAGAUUCUCCUAUCGAGGACAGCUAUCGCCGCAAGGUCUUCUUUUUCUUGUAUGAGUUUGAUUCGAUAGUGAGCGGCACAUUGGGCAAACCAGCUUAUAUGCAAGAGAGUGAUUUUGAUGUUCUUCCCGGUGAUCCUGAACUUGAUCGCGAUCUCGAAGUGUGUGUGAACCCAUACUUGAACCCAACUGGCACUGAAGUUCCAACAGAUCACAUGGUGGAUGAAAUCUUCCAAGCAUAUAAUAUGAUGCAAAGCUCACUCGGAGGAUUGAAAAACUUACUCCCAGUAAUCAACCUGAUCAACGCUCAAAGAGACAUGCACCCAGGCGUUAAAUUCUCGAGUUGCGUUAAAGCGAUGAUUAAACAGCUCGACAGUAGUAUGAACACUUGCAUCCAAAAGAUUGCAGUCAAGAUCAAUCUUCAUCACCCGAAUCCAGACCUGAUCAGUGCUCCCGCGUUGCUCUCUUCGGUCGCCGUAAACUCAUGGUACCAUGAAUUCAGAUUAUUGCUUCACCAAGUCUUAUUUAACUCGAAAGAAAAAAGCCAAAGCAACGAGCCGAACAAGCCAGACGACAAGCAGCAAGCAGGCAUUCCAGGACCGUCAACAACGUUCAAGAAGUCGAGCCACCCUUACCUAGAUAUUUGUGUUGAAUCAGCCCGGGCGAUUAUCCGCUCACUAAACCAAUUACACCAGCGUAACUUACUAGCAUACGGUUUUUUCUGGAUCCCCCUUCGACUGAAGAACGCACUCGUCAUCCUGGUCUGUUCGCUCGUGAAACAACGCAGAUCAUUGUCCGAAGACGAGCGUCAAGCCAGGAGUUUAGAAAUAUCUUUGGGUGUUCAAAUCUUGAACACGAUGGCGCCUAGCACGUACAUUGCGGGAAAAUGUUCACAUAUGGUGAUCAACCUGUACAAGAGUGCAAUCCAACACAACCAACAACAGGCCAUCAAAGCGGGCUCUUCAUCCACCUUGUCAGCGAGCUCAUCCUCAUCAACCCCGCCUGCGCCCUCGGGGACCGAUUCGAAGAACCACUCGUUUUCGAAACCGUCUUCGGCGACUGCUUCGACCAACCACGAUCAGUCCGGGAAAUCUUCGGGGUUCGCUCCCUCAUCACCCACAGUAACAACUUUUUCUACUGCUUUCUCCUCCACUGACCAGCAGACUCCGAACCUUGAUCCCGAGUGCACAUGGUGGGCUGAUCAGUUCCUUUCUAAUCCCAAUGGCCCUUUCCCAAACCUUGUCCCCAAUCAAGUCCCGUCUGCUCCUUCUGACUUCAACGACCCCAAUCUCAAUCCUUUUAACUUUUGGCCCUCUUCUUCGCCUCCCAAUCCUCCACCUCAUUCUUCUGCUUGA